UGAGACUAUAUAAUGUGACACCGCAAUUCGUAAGGACAGUAGUUUGGACGGAUUUAGCAAAAAUACUUGGUGCAGCUGGACAGCAUCCUCACGAUGUAUUUGUUUUAUUUUGUUUGUUUUGUUGCUGUGUCAUUGGCGUCAACUGCCAGUGUUUUACCUAAGGACUUCCCAGUAUGUGGCAGAAAAGGUGACAAAAGCAAAAUCGACCAGUGUAUGCUGGAGACAACUGAAAAAAUUAAAUCUAUACUCAUACCUGGAAUAAGAAAAUUAAAUUUUCCUCCCCUCAAUCCUUUGGUAAUACCGGAAAUUAACCUGGAACAGGGAUCUGAUUCUGCCACUUAUAAAGCGUCCGUUAAGAAUGUAGCAGUUUUUGGACUUGAAAACUACAAAUUUCAAAAACUAGAUUUCAACUUUGAACAACACAAAACUGCUGCUGUCGUGGACAUACCCGGGAUCUAUAUUGAGGGACUUUAUGUCAUCAGUGGUAAAAUCUUGUCCGCACCCAUUGAAGGAGAAGGGCUGUGCAAAUUUAACAUCAGCCACGUUAAGGCUGUAUUAGAUGUCAAUUCGAAAGUGGAAAAAGUAGAUGGUGUCGAAUAUCUUAAGCAUUACCAAUACGAUUUGAAACUGGAUAUUGGUCCAGUUACUAGUCACAGCAUUGAGGGGCUUUUUAAAGACAACGAAGUAUUAUCUAAGGCAGUUAAAGACACACUUCAAAACAACAUCAACGACUUGGUGCAAACAAUGAAGCCGGCAGUUGAGCAAGUAAUAACAGAUUUGUUUAAAAGUGUAUACUUUAAGAAAUUGGAUACGAUACCCUAUGAUAUUCUGUUUCCUCCAAGAGAAAACUAAGCUGUAAAUUUAUAUUGUUAAUAAAUAUGUUAUUAUUAUUAUUAUU